CGGUAAAUGAUUGGCAUGCAUGAAACCAAAAUAAUUGAAUGCACUUUUAAAAGAACAAUGCUCACAGGGUAAAAUUCAUUUAUUUAAAAAGUUUAAACAUUUGUCUGAAAACUAAAUUCUCACAGCUAAACUGGACUAUGGAUUCAUUGAACCACAUGAUUAAAAUUUGUAUCUGAGUUAUAUUUAAAAUUAAGCCAAUUCUUUUCCUUUUGACUGCAGAAAAAGCUGAUUUUAUGCGUUGUCACCACUGACAACGACGGAUAAAAAGAUGACUCUUCCAGACCAGCAAAAAGACUCCAGAGAGGGCAAUAUGGUGGUGUUCCUAAUCUGGAUUAUUGUCCCUCUCCAUCCCUGUCACUCACCCACCAAACUUUAUAACUAUUAAGGUGAUGUUUUAACUUUAUUUAAUCAGAACACUCUAUUGGCAGCAGUGUACAUAUUAAAUGGACACAAUAAUCCAACUUUUACAGACUUAACCGAAGGAUAAUGCAGCUUUCUCCAUGUAAGAUGAAUGCCCUGCUUCAGAACGAAGGCUUAAAUCUCACCAUCUAGAGUGAAAGAAGCUGUCACACAGUAGCGUCUGCUCCAUUGUACUCACAAAGGACCCAAGUAGCACUUUGGGUAUUGUUUUCGCUAAAGGGGAGUUGGGUUACCUUGGCAACCAUAGGAUGUCGUCUCAUAGGCCCUUAGAUAUAAAAUAGGCAGGGCCAGAGAGGCAGGGAACGACAGCAAUAGAAGAUUUAAAAAGAGACUUGCUAAACUCUGUUUCAGUUCUUUUACUUUUUGUAAACAUUUGAGCGUUUUGCACAAGGAUUACCGGUGGGUUGUGAUCAAACCGAAGGAGUGAGAUCUGCAGUAAAAUAAGAAUGAUGCGUGUUGCAUUGAGGCAUCACAGUGGUUGCCUGGUGCUUUGCCUGUGCCUGUCCCUGAUCACCCUGCUGCUCCAGAGCCUCUGGAUACCGCCUGAAAUGACUGAGGACAAAGCUGCUGCGAGAUCAACUGGGGAUCAGAGUCAGCAUGAUCUUCGCUUCCACAGGCUGGCACUUCGCCUGGAGGCUUUGAGCGCUCAGGUGCAGAAGCUGAGUGACAAAACAGAUCAGAUUCAUCUGAACAAAAAUGACGUCAGCUUACUACUGCAGAGGUUUAGACAGGACCAGGAAGGUUUGGCUCACUCAGUUGAGCGGGAACGGCGGAAAGUGUCUCAGACUCUUGAUCAGCUCAGCCGGUACCAUCAUCCUUAUCAGGCUGACACACCAGAUGGUGGCAGGAGGCCACACGAAGGACUCAAUGAGAAGUGUAAGGUGCCCAAAGAUCCAGCAUUUCUGCAGUGUGCUGAGAAAGUGGAGUUUCUGCGUACACGUUGGCAGUCAGACCCAUGUUAUGCUUUUUAUGGAGUGGAUGGUUCCACUUGUUCCAUACUGACAUACCUCAGCCAAGUAGAAGAUUUUUGUCCACCUCUCCCUGGAAGGAACAACUCUGCACUGCCAUGGCAUCCAACACCUAAUUUAAACAGAAAUAAGGUUGACAUACGCGACACUCUAAGCCCUCUUUAUGGGGUGAUCAGCAACAGCAGCAGUCCAGCAAUUAGAUUCAUCUGGUCCAGAGUGGAAAGCCUGGCUGAAAGGUGGAGCGAGGCUGGUCGAAGAUUGAAGCAGAACAGCAGCACAACAGUCUCCUCUCAGAUGAAGGUGCUGCUUUAUCCCGGUGCACUGGCUGGAAGUGUGGGUCGGCACUUUGAAGCAAUGGUGGAGAGAGGAGGUCCUCUUGGAGAGCUGGUCCAGUGGGCUGACCUUGGUGCCUGCCUAACAAUCCUGGGACACAAUGUGACCUUCAGCACCUCACAGCACCAACUUCACAGUAUGAUAGGAGCUGCACCAGGCCGAGGCAGUUGUCCAAUCCAGAGUCCUCUCACCUUUGACCUUAUCUAUACUGACUACCAUGGGCUUGCUCACCUCCAUGGAGCCAUGGGACUGGCUUUCCAGGAAUAUAAGUGCCGCUUUAGGAUUCUGGACUCAUUCGGGACCGAGCCAGCCUUUAACCUUGGGAGUUACGCUCAAAGCCGUGGAUAUAAAACACAGUGGGGCAGCUGGGGUCUCCAACCUCUGCAGUACAUGACCAUGUUCCCUCAUACUCCUGACAAUUCCUUCCUUGGUUUUGUGAGUGAAGAGGCGGCGAGGGAGGAUAAUCUCGAGUUUAAGGGCUACAGGAAAGGCAAGAUAGCAGUCAUCUACGGCAAACAGGAAUACAUGUGGAAGAGUAAAUCGGAUUACCUGAAGUUUAUCAGUGAAGAACUAGAGACUCAUGCCACAGUCUACAGACCUCCGGGACACACCUCCAGCCUGCCCAGUUUCAUCACAAACCAUGGACUCCUGUCUCAGAAGGACUUCUUACAACUUCUUCGGCGAGCAAAGGUUUUUGUAGGUCUUGGGUUCCCCUAUGAAGGUCCAGCUCCCAUUGAGGCGAUAGCUCAGGGUUGUGUCUUCCUUCAGCCACGAUUCGAUCCUCCUCACUCAUCAGAAAACAACGACUUCUACAAGGGCAAGCCCACCACCAGACAGAUCAUCUCACAGCAUCCAUAUGCUGAGCAGUUCAUCUCUAAACCAUAUGUGUGGACAGUGGACACGGCCAACAGGACAAAUGUUCAGGAGGCUCUUAGGUCAAUUCUAAACACAGAGGUGAUUCCUUUCACUCCUCAAGAGUUCACAUGUGUGGGAAUGUUAAAACGAGUUUGGGAUUAUAUCACUCGUCAGAACUUCUGCAGUAAAUCGGUUCCUACUUGGCCACCAGAAAGUGCUCUAAGGGUGCUCCUGGGCCCACUGGGCCAGUCUUGUGUGAGUGUGUGUCAGCACUCCUCCCUCUUGUGUGAACCUGCUCUGUUUCAUCACCUGAACACUCCUGACACAUUUACCAGGCUCAGACUGGACUGUUCCAGCAUGGUACAGGACAUCAACCACCUAUUCCCUUCUUACAACCCAUGGGGUCGGCACUGUGGCCUCCAGCAAGAACAUCUGCUGUUCAGUUGUGCUGGAUCUGACCCUUUGCUUCGCAGGCUUUGUCCUUGCAGAGCUCUCCUUGCUGCAUGAGUAGCAGUUUAACCAGACUUUUACUGGACGGAUGCUGCCACAGACACCGUUUGCCACAGGAGGGAUUUACUUAAAGAUGAACAGGUUUCCUACUAUGGCUGCAUAAUACUUCUGUCUGGCAGCAGAAAUGAGAAUAUAAAUGAAAACUUUAGGCGGCUCCUCUGUGUGGAAUACUUUCAGUCCCGUUUUGCAUCAGAAUUGCUGAUUGUUGGGAACGAGUUUGUGGGUGGACACUGUUACGUUAUGCGACUGUUUUCGCGGGGGAAAAAGAGGGAAAUAUCACAUAGAUUUGUCAAAGAUUUGGAGAAGUGGUGCCUUUCUUCCAAAGGAAAGAAAGCAAAACCACCUGAAGUCCACCAUCACAUAGGUGAUGUGGUAAAAAUGUCCAAGUCCAUCCUUGUGAGAGCACCAUACGUGUGGAAGAAGCAGGAGUUUCAAGCACUAGAGAUCCAUGGGUCCCCCCAAAGCGCGGGAACUGCAGGGAGACAGAUGACUGAGAAGCCCCAGCCCCCCUCCCUAGAGGUGCAGAGGAUUACCCUGGUGGUCGCAACCAUCAGCCCUGAUGAGCCAGGUGAUAGUGACACUGCUUGCUGUAUGCCAGUUACCACAGCGAUGACAGCUGGCUGCCCAGGUGCACAGGCAGCUGGGAAGUGUGGAAUGUGUAGACUGAGGGAAAAGGGACGUGGCUUUUGUGAGAACACAGGUGUGUUAGUGAUGGAGGGAGCGUGGGAGAAGGGUAAAGAAAUGCAGUGGGAGGUGAGACCGGGAGGCCACAGCACCAUCACUCACCACCUGGUGAUUACCGGCACAAAGGGGGCCUUGGUGGCCUCGUCUGCAGCCACUCAGCAUGAACCGCCACUGGUGAGAGAGAGAGGGGGAGAGAGAGGAGGAAAGUCCCCAAAACUUAACCGAUUCCAGGUCUCCAUCGUCCCAACCCUUGCAGAUGAUGAAAACUCUGUCAGUGUGGAUUACGACAGUGGGUUUGUGUUAAAGUCUUCCCUCUGUGCCUUUUACUCUCUGACCACCUUUCUCUCGAUCUUCCCUCAGUCGCUCUCCCUUCUCUUCCUCUCUUCCUACCCCCACCCCUCUCCCUCCUUUCUUGGCAUCAGCGGCAGCAUCUCUUUUAAGCACGGCUGUCUCACCCCUUACUCACCCAGCUACCCUUCUCUUAUUGACUCUCCCUCCUAA